AUAAGAUAAUAAUUGCCUGAUGCAAUAAGCUUUGCUCAACUAUCCAUUCGUUCGUCCGCACCCUUGAAUCAAGGGGCUUGGGGAUGCAUAAACAUCAUGUGCUAGGAUAGCAUCAGUUCAGUUGCUAGUGGAUGCAUGCGUGCGUGCAUGAAGCUAGCUCAACUGUUGUGUAGACCUUCGUGUUUGUGGGCCCCACACAUGGGCUACUGUUGCAAAAUCAUACAAAUAUGUAUGUAUGUAUGUAUGUAUGUAUACCGUAUAUGAUAUUGGCGGGUGUGGUUUGUUCGCAUACUAGGAUAUGACGUGCGUGCAAACUGAAGAUCGCAACAGAAUCAAAUUCAAGUCUAAUGAAAAGCAUGUAAUUUUCAAAUGCCGCAAAAGGAGGAUAACUUACGAAAGAAAUGCCCAAACUUAUAUAUAUAUCAACAAGGAAUGAAACGGUUUCUGGCUUCUUCACGGAGAAGCACAAAACCAGACCAGAGAUGGUGAAGCAAAUAUUGGGUAGGCUCAUCCAACUGACUGACCAAUUCACAAAGGCUUUGGACAGGGCCGUUGUGACAUCCAGGGACCACAGCUUCAUCCCCCACCAGCUUAAAUCCAAGUCUGAAGAGCUGGCAGGACUUCUCCGCCAACUCAGCUGCUCCAACCUCGGCACCUAUGAUCGCCCCGCACGUGCGAUCAUCAACCAAAUCGAAGAAACCCUCGACGGGUGUCUGUUCCGGCUGCUCAAGCAUCCCAAAUGCAUCAUUGUCAAGAUCAUCAAGAAGCGGUUCUCCACCUUCAUCCCCGUUACUUGUUUCCUCGAAAUCUUGGCGCAUCUAGACGCUUCAAUCGGGAAUGUGUCUUGGCUGAUCGGUUUAUGGAGGGCCGAGCCCCCGGACGAGGACUUGAGACAGCCUCCAAUGGUAUUAAAAGAGCCCGUUCUGUGGCGUGUUUGGGAAGAGAUUGCAAUUCUUCAUCACCCGGUUGUAUCCGUCCAAGCUCGAUCUAGUGCUGCAGCUUCACUCGGUCAGCUUGCCAGGGACAACGAGAGGUACAUGAAGUUGAUCAUCCGGGAAGGUGGAGUGGAAGCCUUGUUGAAAUUGAUGGAGGAGGGUCCAAUGGAAGGCCAAGAGAACGCUGCCAGGACCCUUGGGUGGCUGGGACGUUCCUGCGAAAUCGUCGAACACCUUCAUGCGGAUGUAUGUAAAGUGUUUGCGAAAAUCCUCAGAGAAGGCUCCUUGAAAGUUCAGGUUGCGGUGGCCGAGGUGGUGUCAAUGCUCUCAUAUCAACACCCGGAAUUGCAAGAUGUUUUUGCGCAGCACGAUGUUGUCCGCUUGCUCAUCGGCCAUCUUGCAUUCGAAACUGUUGAAGUGCAUAGCAGCAAAACCCAUAGCAAUGACAAUGACAAUGACAAUGCCAAGGCUAAUGAAGACCCAGCCACCAGGGAAAAAAUGAAAGCAAUGGCAGCCAAAGCCCUUUGGAGACUAGCAGAGGGGAACUCGGCCAUUUGCCGUAGCCUCGCAGAAUCAACAUCACUAUAUAGUUUCGGUGUGCUCCUGGAAAAGGGUUCUGCAAAUGCUCAACGUUAUUCUGUCCUUGCAUUAAUGGUGAUCAUGAAAGUGGCGGAGGAAGAUGCUGAUUUGAGAAGAUGCGCCUUCAGUCCUAAUUCUCCCACUUGGAAAUAUAUUGCUGAUCAAUUAUUACUGAAGAUCACUGAGAAUGUUGAAAACUCAGACUUCCAAGUCUUUUGCAUAAAAGCUAUUGGGAAUUUGGCAAAGACAUUUGGGUCAAGAGAGACAAGGAUGAUUAACCGAUUGGUGCAGCUUCUGAAUGGAAGCAAAUUUGAUGUUACUGAGGAGGCUUGUAUUGCCCUCACAAAAUUUGCUUGUACAGACAACUAUUUCCACAUUGACCAUUCCAAUGCAAUAAUAGGUGCUGGAGGUGUUAAGCACUUAAUCCAGAUUUUGUAUGAUAAGAAAGCUGAAUAUGCGUUGGUUCUCAUCUGCUACAUUGCACUGCAUGUACCGGACAGCGAAGAGCUUGCGCAGGCUGAGGUGCUUGCCGCGCUUACGCGGGCAUCCCAGCUAUCUUAUAUGACCAAAUAUGAAGAAGUGGACAGAUUGUUGUGCAACAUUCCAGUACGUGUACCAGAAAUGGAAGAACUUGCCCGGGCUGGGGUGCUCCCGAUGCUUGAAUGGGAAACCGAGCAAUCUUAUAUGUCCAAAGAUGGAACAAUGCUCACAUUGUUACAAGAGGCUAAGAGUAGAUUGAAUCUCCAUCAGUCCAAAGCCUCGAGGGGCGUCCAUUGAUUCAAUUAGAAGCAUAGAGGUUUCCCAUUCCUGGAAAAAGGAACAAAAUUCCAUUCUUUUGUUCAUCAAUUUAUGAUUCCUUCUUCUAUUAUAUUCACUAUGGCUUGCUCAUAUUAAAUUUUGAGAUUUACAGAUAGUUGAGCUGAUUUCAUAAUAACUCACUAGUUUGUUGGUGUUGCUAUGGUCAAAGUAAGUGUUCUCUAUAUUUUGGCACAUAUGUGCUCUCUAUUCAAGCAUCUCCCAGAAAAUUGAAUU